AUCCAGGAGAUGGUCCACUCGGACGCCACGUCCUAUGAGUCCAACCGCCAAGUGCCCCUGAUCAAUCGCCCCGGGAUGUUAGCCGGCCCCAUGAGCGCUCUCAGCCAGUCGCAGCUGAUUUCUCAGAUGGGGAUGCGGAGCAGUGUUACCCACGGUUCCCCAUCGCCUCCGGGAAGUAAGUCUGCUACACCAUCUCCCUCCAGUUCUACUCAGGAAGAGGAGACAGAGUCACAUUAUAAGGUUACUGGAGAGAAAAGACCAUCAACAGACCUGGGUAAAAAGCCCAAAAGCCAAAAGAAGAAGAAAAAGAAGGAUCCCAAUGAGCCCCAGAAGCCUGUGUCAGCCUACGCCCUGUUUUUCAGAGACACACAAGCAGCCAUCAAAGGGCAAAACCCCAACGCUACCUUCGGAGACGUAUCGAAAAUCGUUGCGUCAAUGUGGGACAGUUUGGGCGAAGAACAAAAACAAGCAUGGCAGAGGAAGGCGAAAGCCGCGAAGAAGGAGUACCUGAAAGCACUGGCAGCGUACCGGGCCAGCCUCGUCUCCAAGCCACAGGCUUCCUCGCCCUACCCCGGCCUGGGCUCCUUCCUGUCCCCGUCGGACCUGCAGAACUACCGUGGCCACCCCAGCCUCCCCCGGACCCUCACCUCCAAACCCAUGCUGCCCAGCAUCAGUGCCUCCCCGCCGCCCUCCUUCCAGAUCAGCCCCCCGCUCCACCAGCAGCUCUCCUUGCACCACCCACCGCCGAUGCAAAGGCUUUCCUGGCCGCGCGUCUUCUGCGGCCGUUCGCCACCCCCCGAGGAGGGAGGUCCUGAAAAACAAGCGCGGGGGAAGAGGGAUGUAAAACAGAUGUUGCUGCAUUGGCAGCUGCCUGCGCCCUGCGAGGUCCCACCGCGGUGGUUUCGGGUCCUGGGCUUGGACCCGCUGCCGUCCCUGGGGCUCGCCCUGCGCUCUGACUUCUCACAUAUGUCGUCUGAGUUUCAGAACAGCGUUGGACCUCGUUCGCCUGGUGCAUCAAACCCUCCGGGAAGCACUGAGUGGGACAACGACUACCCCAGCAGAGAGUGUGGGAUUAACCACUGCAGCAUGCUGCCAAGGGACAAGGCACUCUACCUCACCUAAAACUCAACAUCUCUUUCCGAGGAGGCUCAGAUGAAGGACACUUGAGAGGGUCUAUCCUACAGACUACCCGGAGAGGCACCAAGCAAGUCGUAUGGACGAGAGAGCUACCACUGUACCUCGUCGCUGGCUUCGUUUCCAGGCUCUAAGAGCAGUUUUCUUUUAUUAUUUUUGAACUCUAAAGUCUACUUUCCAUGGCAGCCCAAAACCUCAUAAAUCAUGAAGAAAAAAAAAAAAAAAAAAAAAUAAAAAAAUAAAAAAAAAACCACAAAACCAACAAAAAAAAAAUAAACUAAGGACACCAUUUUUCUGCUUGCCAUCAGCUUAGCUACAGACUAUUUUCCUAGUGAACUGCUUUUAGACGCAGCAUAGGCCCAGGUCUGGUGUCCUACAGCAUUAGGCCAGCUCAGUAGGAGGAUGCACUCUUUUGACUUGCUAACAGCACUAAACUUUGUGCAAGAAAAUGUGAAGUUUGUGUGAAUAUUGUACAUGCAAAGGCCUUGGAUGUCUGGCAAAAA